UGUAAAACGUAUAUUCUCAAAAUAAUGCAAGAGUUUCUGUUUCUCUCUCUUUCUCUCUUCGUGGAAAGUGGCAUUAGGUGCAGCAUUUUUCUGUCCUUGCCAGCAUAUUAUAAGCUCAUUUAAGUUCAUAUAGCAAAAACAAAAACACCCUUUGUAGCAGCCGAUUUGAUUUCUCCACUUCGGUGAAGACCUUGAGGCAUUUACGGAAGGUGGGGUUUGACUUUGUUGGUAAAAGGUGUCAGCUGUGGAGGUUACGGAAGGUCAAGUUUUUGAUUGAUUGGAGUUUCUGUUACCUCUACAGCACUGCAUGUUUCUUGGCUUUUAAUUGAGAUUUUCUUUGGGGGCUUCCAUCGCCGAAUGGAAUUGGAUCUUUCAUCUCAGAUCAACUCGUUCUUCCUGGGUUUUGAGUGGUUUGAGUGGUUUUCUCAUUCCAUGUGGGAAAAAUUUGAUUUUUCAUGAUUCAACUCAACCCCUCGAUUGUUGUUGUUCAUGGGUCUGAGGAAAUCUAGUCCCUGUGACUCUAAUUAGUCUGAGAAGCUUGUUUUGGGACCACCCCUUUUGGCUUUCAGACUUGUUCUCAGUUGUGGAAACAGUGAUUUAGGUGUUUCUAGUUUUCUUCUGAAGAUGGAUGAAGAUAGCAGCAGUUCUUGGUUAAGGAGGGCCAAGUUCUCCCACACAGUUUGUCACCGGUUGGAUUAUUCCAGUUCCAGAUUAGGCUCUUUUAGCAUUCAGCCAAGGACACAACAGAGUUCGGGUCUGAAAUCAAGGCCAGAAGUAACUUUUGUUUCCAAGGCUUCUUCACAGGUUCAGAAAAAGCCUGUAAUGAACAAGCAGAGAUCUUUGUCUCCUUUGCCUCAGACCUCUCUCUCUGAAACCUUCAAGGAAGCCAGGCAUGAGCAGAAGAGGUUCUCAACACCUGGUCCAAGGAGGAAAGAGCAGGAUAAGAGAAUCAUGGGGAAGUUGCUGAACAAGGAUUCUCAUGCGUCCAAUUCCAAGUCGCCUUACAAUAGUCCAAUUACUAAAUCCCCUUACGCCAGUCCAAUUACUAAAUCCCCUUACACCAGUCCAAUUAGGCACUUUGCAUCAAUGAAAUUAAGUGACAAGUCGAAGCAGCGCAAGGAUUCGGGAUGGGCAAAGUAUUUUGACCAUGGUGGAGGAAAGGUUACUGCGGUGGAAACAGCUGAGGAAUGGAAUGUUGACCUCUCUAAGCUCUUUGUUGGUGUCAGGUUUGCUCAUGGGGCUAACAGUAGGCUUUACCAUGGCAUGUAUGAGGAUGAAUCUGUUGCUGUGAAGAUUAUCAGGGUACCAGAUGAUGAUGAAAAUGGAACUUUGGCUGAUCGACUGGAGAAACAAUUCAUUAGAGAAGUCACGCUUUUAUCUCGUCUCCACCAUCAAAAUGUUAUAAAGUUCGUAGCAGCAUGCAGAAAGCCACCUGUUUAUUGUGUUAUCACAGAAUAUCUAUCAGAAGGUUCCUUGAGGGCAUAUUUGCACAAGUUAGAGGGAAAAACUAUUCCUCUUCCAAAGCUUAUUGCUUUUGCUCUGGAUAUUGCUCGUGGAAUGGAAUACAUACACUCUCAAGGUGUCAUUCAUCGAGAUCUUAAACCAGAAAAUGUCCUUAUUAAUGAAGACUUUCACCUGAAAAUUGCUGAUUUUGGCAUUGCUUGUGAGGAAGCAUACUGUGACCUAUUUGCGGAUGACCCGGGUACCUACCGUUGGAUGGCACCUGAGAUGAUCAAACGAAAAUCCUAUGGGAGAAAGGUUGAUGUAUAUAGUUUUGGGCUUAUCUUGUGGGAAAUGGUGACUGGAACUAUACCAUAUGAGGAUAUGACCCCCAUCCAGGCUGCUUUUGCAGUAGUAAACAAGGCAUUUUUGCAUUGUUCCCCUCCUGGAAAAUGUUGAUACCUUCAAAGGUUAAUGUUGUGAACGAAAGGACGUCUUUUCCUUUUUGCAAAGCUUCCUCCACUUUACUUAUAUCGCAACUUAAGUACUCUUUUCCAUUUUCAUCCAUUUAUUUAAUUUUUUCUUGCUUUAUUAAAUUAUUUUAUUUCAAUAUGUUGAGUGAUGAUUAGCGAAGGAAGCAUCAUUCUCCUGACUGAGGACAUCAAUCAUAUUGCCACUGAGUAAAUUGCUAACAAGUUUAUAGCCUGUAUGAUGAUUACCCUUAAUUUUAUAGCUAAACCAAAUGUAUUUUUUAGAUGUAGCUAAAAUCUAUGGUACGUACCUCCUUUGCUUUGAAAACAACAGUGGAAGUAAUAGAAAUUAUUUUCAUCCAUUCGUGAUGUGUAUGACCAACUUAUUAAAAAAGAGGAAAAAAGAAUUGAUGUAACAUACAUUAGUUAAUUUAUAUGAAGUUGUUACACACGUCUCUGUUUCAUCAAGUGAUGUUGCAUUACCAAUAAAGGAGCUUACUGAAUUCUUAGGAUCAUCAUGUGUAGGGUAAUUGUGGGAAAUAUGUUGCUAGUGAAAACUAUAAUGACACUGUUUACCUAUGUAAUUCUAAUACUUAUGUG